CUCAUGUAGCUCUCUGGUGCACAUUUUCUCUGAUUAACGGGACAGAGGUGAAUUAUUCCAUGUCGUAUAAACGCUGAAGCAGGAGGAAAUAAAAUGAAUAUGCAAAACAGCCGUGGCAUAAACAGCGCUAAAAAACAAUCUUGCCAUCCUUGUUAAACAGACACGUGUGCGUUUCUUUGGAGCUUUUUGGACUUUUUGGAUUUACGAUUCAGUUAAGGAAUAACUUUGUUGGAUUUUACAGUCACUACUCCGAGAACGUAAUUCUUCAGGAUGGAUGACGAACAAUGCUACUACAACGAAACCAUAGCCUUUUUUUAUAACAAAAGUGGAAAGUAUCUUGCAACAGAAUGGAAUACAGUAAGCAAGCUAGUCAUGGGACUUGGGAUUACAGUAUGCAUUUUUAUUAUGCUAGCGAACUUGCUUGUGAUGGUGGCCAUCUACAAAAACCGGCGAUUUCAUUUUCCAAUCUACUACCUAAUGGCUAACCUAGCGGCUGCGGACUUCUUUGCAGGACUUGCCUACUUCUACUUGAUGUUUAACACGGGACCCAAUACAAGAAGGCUGACGGUCAGCACGUGGUUGUUGCGCCAAGGCCUAAUCGAUACCAGCUUAACAGCAUCAGUUGCUAACUUACUGGCUAUAGCCAUUGAGCGUCACAUCACUGUGUUCCGCAUGCAGCUCCACACUCGCAUGAGUAAUCGACGAGUAGUUGUUGUUAUUGUAAUCAUCUGGACCAUGUCUAUAAUAAUGGGGGCCAUACCUAGCGUGGGAUGGAACUGCAUCUGUGACAUUAGUACCUGCUCCAACAUGGCACCUCUCUACAGUAAUUCCUACCUGGGUUUUUGGGUGAUCUUCAACCUGCUUACAUUCGUGGUGAUGGUUGUUCUUUAUGCCCACAUAUUCAUGUACGUACGCCAGCGGACCAUGAGGAUGUCACGGCAUAGCUCGGGUCAACGGCGCAACAGAGAUACUAUGAUGAGCUUGCUGAAGACGGUAGUAAUUGUGUUGGGUGCCUUCAUUGUGUGCUGGACGCCUGGUUUGGUCCUUCUCUUGCUGGAUGUGGUGUGCAAAGAUUGCAAUGUUCUGAUCUUUGAGAAAUUCUUCCUGCUAUUAGCAGAAUUCAACUCCGCCAUGAACCCGAUCAUAUAUUCCUACCGGGACAAGGAGAUGAGUGUCACAUUCAAACAGAUCCUGUGCUGUCAACGGCAGGAGAAUGUGAAUGGUACAACAGAGGGUUCAGACCGGUCUGCAUCCUCCAUUAACCACGCCGUCCUGAGUGGAGCUCACCACAACGACCAUUCAGUGGUCUGAGCUUCAACACGGGCCAGGAUCCUCUUAGAUUAAGCAAGAAAAUGACUGUGAAGGUAUUUUUUCAGCAAAAGACUUUUUCAGCUUACAAGGUUUUUUUUUGUUAGUCAGUUUUUUUGUAUGUUUUGACAAUACAAGUAUAGUAGACUAUUUAAAGGCUAAUCCAAGAGGUUUUAAGUAUCCAGUUUAACACAAAUUAUAUUUGCUCCUAUAAUGCCUUAAAGAUGAUAAAAUGUGAUGAGCAUUUAGACUAGUUGUAAUUGUUGACCAAAUUGUUGCAAAACAAGGAUGAAUUUUGUGUAUUGUACAGCAGGCGUUAAAGUGAAGGAUGUUGUCAAGUGCCCAGUGAAGCUAUUUAGCUAAUUUACUCUAGAGAGAAAUAGUGCACUUGAGGGACCACUGGGAAAUCAUUUAAGGGGAUCUUUGUAAAGUACUUGAUGUUGGCUUGAUUUGUUUUGUUGUUGCAUAGUUUGUUUUGCACUGGCAGUUCAACCUACGAUGACAGUAUAAUGUCAGUGGAUUAAACACUUUCUAGGUGGAUCUGACUGACCAUAUCAAAAACUGAAGUAACUGAUCAUGAUAAUAAAUGGCAUGGUGCAAAAUUGAAGCCCCCGUUAAAUUUCUCAAAAUCUUUCACAUUUAGAUCACCUAUGAAUAGUAAUUUGGUGGAUAAUACUUUGAAAGUAUAACAAAUAGAUAAAGUUUGUCUGGAUGCCCUUUCCUCUAGCUCAGUGGUUAGAAUAUGGCGCCAUCAACCCUAAAGUCAUGGGUUCGAUCCCAGGAAUUGCACAUAUUCAAAUACAAAUGUAUAGUAUGCAAUGUAAGUCACUUUGGAUAAAGCGUCUGCUAAAUGCAUAUAUGCAAAUGUCACAAUUGAACAUAAUUUGUGCAUUUUAACAAAUUUGGUAUCUCUGAGACUCUGAGAUUAUACACCAGUUUACUAUGACUAUGUUUAGUAAACUUCAUAUUAUUAUGCUAUCUUAGCAGGGUAAUUGUAUACAUUGUUUACUCAUUGUAUUUGUCACAAUUUUGCUAUCUCUGUUUUAAAAAUAAGAUCGAAGGUUACUUUACAUAUUUUUACUGGGGUUGAAGUUAAAUGGUGUCAAACCAAACGCAAAUUUAUUCCGACAGUUUUGAACACUGUUUUUUUAUACUUGCUCAGUAGAUAAUGUUUGUUUAUUUUAAACACAAAAAGUUACAAAUCGCAGUUUAAAGAUUUCUAAACAGCGAUUUUUUUAAGUAAGGGGCCUUACAUUUAUGAGAUGUAUUUGUUGAUUGAUCAAUGGGUGUCUUAGUUAAGAUGAGGGCUGGAUUCUCACAGUACAAUGGUUCUUAAAUAUCUGUGUGAAGCUGGGUGUUCUUCUGUAACUCAACAUAAUGCUUUUAUAGACAAACAUAUGCCAUUGUUUAAUUAAUAUUUGUAUUAGGCAACACCAUUGAACCUUAAAGCUGCCUAGUCGCAUUGCUAGUGACACUAUGACCCUUAUCUAAACUAGAACAUAAUCUUUACAUGUGAGACAUUUUUAUAUAUGAUUUCAGGGAGUACUCUAAUACCUUUUUUAUUCAAAGACUGAUCAGGUUGCCUUUGAUGCCACUUUGCUAAAACACAAAAUGAAAGUAAAAAAUAGGAUAACAAAUUUAGAAUCCAUAUUAUUUUUGUAGACAUCCAAUACGUGGCCACGGAACUGGCUGUUCAUUAUAAAGAACAAACACCUUGUUGCACGGCCAUAAAUCAGAUUAAAUAUAGUCAUGUUGGGAAAAAAACUUUUGGUUAAACAUGACGGAAAUUAAAUUAUGUCUGUACUUUAUAUACCAGUGUAUGUACUGUGCUGUAUGUAUAUAAUAUGUGUAUAUAUUCAUGUAUCCUAAUCAAAAAGGGAAUGUUUAUUGUUAAAAGUUAAUCAUUGUGAGUCAAUGUAUAGCUACUUUAGACCUUUUGUAAACUUUUCUUGAAAAUCUAAUUGAAACUUUUUUGGCCAAACAUGAAAGAAUUGCUAGAUUUCAGAGCUCAAUACCAAAUGUAUUUGCAUACCCUUUCUUAAAAUAUCUAAGAUCUGCAAUAUCUUACUUCAUGAGAUAACAAAAUAUCAAACCAAGUGAGAUUUAUAUUUUGAAGCAAAAACACAAUCAUGCUUUUCAAACAGAAUUUAAACUUUGUCAAACAUUAAUGUGAUGAAUCAAACUUAAAAAUCAACAUUCAAAUCCUACAGAAUUACAUGGAUACCAAUACAUUUUGAGAAAAAAUCUAAUAAUUGGUUUGCCUCUUGCUUUGGUAUUUUGUCAUCUAAUACAAUUGCAUUCAUUGCAGAUAUUUUUGGGAAACUAAAAGAAUCCAAAACAAAUAAAAAUCUCAGGAAAAAAUCUCUAACUGAGGUGAAAUGGGAAUGGCAGCAAAAUGACACUAAAUGUAAAUGUUUAUUAAUGAUCUUAUCAAGAACAGUGUUAUAUUAACUUGUGUUUAAAACAGUAUUAUGUUAAAUGAGAAUGAGACUGAAAUUUGAAGACUUGCACUCUCAAAUAAAUUGAGGACUUUUGGCCGAGAUGCUUUUCUUUUCCAUAACAGUAUUAAUAAUUUUCACACAAAAGUAAAUUGUAACAUUUUCAGAAGGUGGAUGGUAAAAGUAUGUGAUUUAUCACAUUAUCUUACAAGGAAAAAAAUGUAUAAAACCUCUUGUUUUAGACAUGUUUUGUUACCAAGCAACUAAAGGUUCAAAGUUAGUCACUCUGUUGUGAAAGUACAAUGUAAGCAGUGUUGUGCUUCAGAUCCCAGUCAUUUAAAAUGACAGCUGUGUGUGACGGGUCAUGGGCCGUUGGUUCAUUCUUGGUUGAAAACGGCAAUGGACUUACUGAUCGUUUCAGGAAAUGUGACCGUAUUCAAAGGUUCCACUUGGUUUCACUCCUAAUGAUGUCUCUGUAUUCUGAACUCUUUUUUCAGAACUUCUGUAUGGUAACAUCUACUUAACAAUGUCAUGCAAUAAAUGAAGCUCCUUUAAAUAAAUUUGCAUACC